AUGGCCGACAACGUGCCCGCUGCCCCAGAGUCCUCAAGCCGGGGUCGUGGUGGCCGCCGACGCGGCCGCGGAGGGGCUGCCCCCUCUGGCCAGACGAAUGGGCCACAGACCGCAGGAGCCAACGCCAGCAGAGGAUCCAAGCCUCGGGGCCGAGGAGGCAAGGGAUCGGGAGGUCGCGACAAGGCACAAGGCCAGGACGGAGCUCAGGAUACCGAUAAAUCGACUGCGCCAGCUACUGCGACGGUCGGAUCCAAAUCUCUCCCAGCCGCCACGGACGAUGCCGACGAUGGGGAGGUGUGCUUCAUUUGUGCGUCACCGGUUGAGCAUACCUCUGUUUCUCCGUGUAAUCACCGAACGUGUCACAUUUGUGCCCUCCGACUUCGCGCCUUAUACAAGAACCGGGGCUGCGCACAUUGUCGUACCGAAUCGAACUACGUGAUAUUCACUGAUGACCCCGUGCGACGAUUUGAAGACUUUCAGAAAAAAGACUUUGCUCGAGCCGAUGAUAAUCUUGGUAUUCAAUAUGAAAAUGACGAUAUUUAUGAGGAUACAGUUUUGCUACUUCGGUACAACUGUCCGGACGAAGACUGCGAUGUCGCUUGUCUAGGUUGGCCAGACUUACAUCGGCAUGUAAAGAGUAAACAUAACAAAGUCAUGUGUGACCUCUGCACCCGAAAUAAGAAGGUCUUCACCCACGAACACACUCUUUUCACAAGGGACGAGUUGCGAAAACAUGAAAAGUACGGCGACGACAAGCCAGGUGCCAUCGACCAGAGCGGUUUCAAGGGACACCCCGAGUGUGGUUUCUGUCACCAGAGAUUCUACGGCGACGACGAACUUUAUACCCACUGCCGCGAUCGCCAUGAACGCUGCCACAUUUGCGAUAGACGAAAUGCCAAUCGUCAGCAACAAUACUACAUCGACUAUAAUGCCCUCGAAGAACACUUCGGACGCGACCAUUUCAUAUGCCUUGACACGGAAUGUUUGGAGAAGAAGUUCGUUGUUUUUGAAUCACAAAUGGAUCUUAAGGGACACCAGCUGGAGUCACAUCCAAAUGGCGUCUCGAAGGAUAUCCGUCGAGAUGCACGGCUAGUCGAUCUUUCUGAGUUUGAUAACAUUCGUAGCCCUUAUCAACCACAACGCCAACAACGCCGUGGCGCUGGCCGAGGACGAGACCCCAAUGCGGAGCCAUUACCAGCCUCUAGUGCGCAGCCAUUAACACGAGCUGAACUAGCCUACCAACGACAGAUGGCCAUUCAAAGUUCCCAAUCAGUUUCCACACGUAGUUUUGGCGGUCAACUCACCAGAAACGAUACGCAAACAGUGCAAGCGCCACCUCGAUCAGGUGGUGCAACACCAGUCUCGUCAUCUACUCCGCGCUCUCGACCCCCUCCCACGGCAGAGCUUGAAAAUCUGGGUCUCGCUGCUAACCAGGAGUCUCUUGGCCCCGAAGACCAAGCACGAAAACUCCGACACACAGCCGUGGUAGAGCGAGCGUCCAAUCUUCUCCGUAACGAUGCCAAAAAGCUGUCAGAGUUCCGUACUAGAGUUUCGAGCUACCGCACCUCCUCAAUUUCAGCCACUGAACUCAUCGACGCCUUCUUUUCCCUAUUCGACACAGCCAGCUCUGAAUUAGGAAAGCUCAUCAAGGAGCUUGCUGAGAUCUAUGAGGAUAAUUCUAAGCGCACCGGUCUCUUACAAGCCUGGAAUGACUGGCGCGCCAUUAACGAAGACUACCCUGCUCUGCCUGGAAUGUCCCCAGCGAGCGUGAACACUGGCGGCAAGCGUGUCCUGCGCUUAAAAUCAUCUACCGCCCAGUCCUCCCGCUCCGCCGUCGGCCGCAGCGGUGGUCUUCCCUCCGGAUCUUCGAAUCCUUUCCCUCCCCUCGCCGCCUCUGCUGGACCUUCCCGUCGAUCACAAGCCACCGCUGCUACACCAUGGGCAGCCCCUGCUGCCCCACCUGCUGCCCGUCCAACCCUUUCUACCGGCCCAGGUCGUUCCUAUUCAACUCCUUCCACAGCACCCCGUGCCCCACCCACUAAAAACAGCGCGGAUGCCUUCCCAUCUCUCCCUGCAGCUGCCAAGCCUAAUGUGCUGAUGGCAGGUAAGACUCGAGGCUAUGUCCGCUGGGAUGAUCGUCGUGGACCUGCCCCAACUGCUUGGAGCUCUAAUCCUUCUUCGGGGCUUGCUUCACCAGCCGAUACAGGUAUUGAGGACGAUUCAGGCCCAAGUGGUAGCAAGGGUAAAAAGAAGAAGGGGAAGCAGACACUUUACCAUUUUGGUUAG